CAGGUCUUCUUGUUAUCUUUUCUAAGAUGGAAGCUCUUUUGAUGCACUUGAGGAAGCCGAAGUCCAUCUACAUUUACAUGUUUCUGUGUCUGGCAGCCCUUGCUGCGGUGAACGCAGAGUCAGAGACUAUGAAAGUAGCAGCCCUCGGAAGACCUCUUUUACCUGGUAUGCUGUAUGACUGCCUCAACGAUUCCUUCAUUCCAGGUCUUACUCUGUGGGAUAAUAAAUCGCUGAGUGAAAAUUUGGACAGUCAUCCACAGCCCCAGACAUAUCUGACGUUCAGUAGCUCUGACUCUCUCUCAAGUAAAUUCAGUCUCUUGGAUUUAACCACUUCCCUGAAGGCCAGUUUUUUGGCGGGGCUCGUGGAGGUCGGAGGAUCUGGCAAGUUCCUGCGUGACACCAAAUCCUCAAAACAACAGUCCAGAUCUACAAUAUUUUACAGUGAAACCACAAGAUAUGAACAGCUCACUAUGUCCCAACUGGGCAAUAUCACCUACCCUGGGGUGCUUGACCUGAAAUCUGCAACUCAUGUGGUCACGGCGGUACUGUAUGGAGCUCAGACCAUCAUGGUGUUUGAUCGGAUGAUUUCAGAAGAGGAAAACAAGCAUGAGAUGGACGGAAAACUGAAUGCCAUGGUCAAGAAGAUCCCUGAUUUUUCCACUGAGGCAAACACCACUUUUAAAAUGACUGCUGCUGAAAAGAAAAUGGCUGAGAAGAUCACUUGCACAAUUCACAGCGAUGUCCGCCUUCAUCAGAAUCCCACCACAUACAUGGAGGCCUUGGAUUUGUACAAGGAGCUCCCCGCUCUGCUGAAGAAUCCACAGAAGGAAGUUCCUAUAAAAGUCUGGCUUUAUCCACUCCAUCUUUUGAACGCAAAAGCAGCAUGGGUACAGGGAGAAAUCAGUGCAAGUGUGGCUUUCGAAACUGAAUGUAUAAUCGAGGAGCUGGGAAAGGCAGAGAGGACAUACAACGACCUGUCAGGGAAUGCAUUGGUUAACAGUUUCAGUGACAUCAAAGAGAGACUGCAAUUAUUUCAGAAAUCGUUUAGCAUUUACAAGACAAUGCUCCUGGAAGCACUCGGCAGGCUCUUGCCUGCUGUCCGAGGAGGAGAGAUGAAGGAAAAGUCUCUGGAAGACCUCCUGAAGAUCCACAGGAGCUCCCCAUUCAACGCUGACCCACUUGAGGAGUGGUUAACUACUGCAAGGAAUGAACUUCACACCUUGAGUUCUCACACCAAGUCACUGCAAGGGAUCCAAAUUGAAGAUUCAGGCCGUCUCAACAACACUGUUCUUAAUCCUGAUGUUCCUCAAGUGGUUUGCUUGACUUUCACAUCUCUGAAGUAUGAAGAUCCGUAUAUUUCAGCCCUGAAUGAGUAUCUGAAAACCGACAGGUUUAAAGAUCUAGAUGGGAAGCACAACAUGGUUUCUGUGCGAUCUAUCAAAAAGUGGUUUAAUGAUUCUGAACUCAAAAGUAAGAUGAUAUAUAACAUCAAUGUCUUCAGAGGUUUAUUAAAGAAGCUUGAAGGACAGAAAGUCCUGUUCAUUAUUUCUGCCAUCUCAGAUCCCUCCAAUCCAGGCUCCUCCAUCUAUCUGUAUGAACACGGGCAACUGAAAGAUAAACAGGCACAGAAUGCAAAUUGGGGAUUGGGAAACUGAACCCGAGUGUACUGUUAUAAGGAAGCGGAGAUUCAGAAAACUCUGCUCAGUGAUUUAAACACAUUUAUCCAAUGUUCUGUUCAUUGUUAACGCACCUUGAUUUCCUCAGUAAACCUUGGUUUUGUUAAUAUCAUGCUCCAAGGCUGUGAGAAAAAAUAACACAGAUAAAGCAUUGCCCAGUGUUUUAGAUUCUUGCACAUCCCAUUGCCAGUCCCAUGUUAACCACAUCUCAA